ACCGGGCCGAGUAGAUCCGAGUGGGGCCGAUGCCUGCGGCGCCGCGGCCCGGAGCUGAGGCGGCUGGUGUACCCGUACCCCGAGGCCGGGCGGAGCCAAAGAUGCCGGUCCCUGCCGCCCGGCCCCGCCCGCCUCCGACCUCGCCCUUCUCUUUGCUGCUGCUGGCGAUGCUGAGCUGCCCGGUGUGCGGCCGCGUCCCCCGCUCGGUGCCCAGGACCUCGCUGCCUAUCUCCGAGGCUGACUCCUAUCUCACCCGGUUCACCGUCCCUCAGACAUACAAUUACUCGGUUCUCCUUGUGGAUCCUGCUUCCCACACACUUUAUGUCGGCGCCCGGGACACCAUCUUCGCUUUAUCUCUACCCUUCACAGGGGAGAGACCCCGAAGGAUUGACUGGAUGGUACCUGAGGCCCACAGAGAGAACUGUAGGAAGAAAGGCAAGAAAGAGGGCGAAUGUCACAAUUUUGUCCAGAUUCUCAUCAUUGCCAACGCCUCUCAUCUCCUCACUUGCGGCACCUUCGCUUUUGACCCGAAGUGCGGGGUUAUUGAUGUGUCCAGUUUCCAGCAGGUUGAAAGACUUGAGAGUGGCCGGGGGAAAUGUCCUUUUGAUCCAGCUCAGCGGUCAGCAGCUAUAAUGGCUGGGGGGGUCCUCUAUGCUGCCACUGUGAAAAACUACCUGGGAACGGAGCCGAUUAUCUCCCGGGCUGUGGGUCGAGCUGAGGACUGGAUUCGAACAGAGACCUUGCGAUCCUGGCUGAGCGCCCCAGCAUUCGUUGCAGCGGUGGCCUUGAGCCCAGCCGAGUGGGGGGAUGAAGAUGGAGACGAUGAAAUCUACUUCUUCUUUACGGAGACUUCCCGAGUAUUUGACACAUACGAGAGCAUUAAGGUCCCGCGGGUGGCCCGCGUUUGUGCGGGGGACCUUGGGGGCCGGAAGACCCUCCAGCAGAGGUGGACGACGUUUCUGAAAGCUGACCUGCUUUGUCCAGGGCCUGAGCAUGGCCGGGCCUCCAGUGUCCUGCAGGACAUGGCCAUUCUUCGACCUGAAACUGGAGUGGGGACCCCCAUCUUUUAUGGCAUCUUUUCCUCCCAGUGGGAGGGGGCUACCAUCUCUGCUGUCUGCACCUUCCGACCCCAAGACAUUCGGACAGCACUCAAAGGUCCCUUCAGAGAGCUGAAACAUGACUGCAACAGGGGACUGCCUGUCCUGGACAAUGAUGUGCCCCAGCCGAGACCUGGAGAGUGCAUCACCAACAACAUGAAGCUCCAGCAGUUUGGCUCAUCACUCUCCCUGCCUGACCGGGUUCUCACCUUCAUCCGGGACCAUCCUCUCAUGGACAGGCCAGUCUUUCCACCUGAUGGCCGCCCCCUGCUGGUCACUACCGACACAGCCUAUCUCAGAGUUGCUGCGCACAGGGUGAUCAGCCUCUCUGGGAAAGAGUAUGAUGUACUCUACCUGGGGACAGAGGAUGGACACCUGCACCGAGCAGUGCAGAUCGGAGCCCAGCUCAGCGUCCUCGAGGAUCUGGCUUUAUUCCCAGAGCCACAGCCAGUUGAUACUAUGAAACUGUAUCAAGGCUGGCUCCUGAUUGGCUCACGUACUGAGGUGACACAAGUGAACACAACCAACUGCGGCCGUCUCCAGAGCUGCUCGGAGUGCAUCCUGGCCCAAGACCCUGUCUGUGCCUGGAGCUUCCACCUACAUGCAUGUGUGGCCCAUGCUGGGGAACAUGGGGGGCUGGUCCAAGAUAUCGAGUCAGCUGAUGUGUCUUCUUUGUGUCCCAAAGAGCCUGGAGAAUAUCCAGUGGUGUUUGAAGUUCCUGUGGCUAGAGCUGCUCAUGUGGUCUUGCCGUGUUCCCCGAGCUCAGCCUGGGCAUCCUGCGUGUGGCACCAGCCUGAUGGAGUGACUGCACUCACCCCCCGGCGGGAUGGGCUAGAGGUGGUGGUAACCCCAGGAGCCAUGGGUGCUUAUGCCUGUGAGUGUCAGGAGGGUGGGGCAGCCCGUGUGGUAGCUGCUUACAGCUUGGUGUGGGGCAGCCAACGGGGCCCUCCAAGCCGGGCCCACACAAUGGGGGUUGGAUUAGCUGGCUUCUUCCUGGGGGUUCUUGCAGCAUCCCUGACUCUCCUCCUCAUUGGUCGGCAUCAGCAGCGACGGAGACACAGGGAACUUCUAGCUAGAGACAAGGUGGGCUUGGACCUAGGAGCCCCACAAUCUGGGACCACAAGCUACAGCCAGGACCCUCCCUCUCCCUCUCCUGAGGAUGAGCGACUGCCGCUGGCCCUGGCCAAGAGGGGCAGCGGCUUUGGUGGCUUCCCUCCACCCUUCCUACUUGACCCUUGCCCAAGCCCAGCCCACAUUCGGCUAACUGGGGCUCCUCUAGCCACAUGUGACGAAACAUCCAUCUAGGUCCAGGCAGUGCAUGACUACUAGUGCAUCAGUGGCCUCUGGAAUGGAAUGGCCAUUGAGAUGUUGGGGGUUGCUGCACCUGGAAGAUCAUCAUGGCCACUGAGUUCUCUUUGGCUUUUGAAUGAUCACUUGGUUUCAGUGUCUGUCCGCUCUGGGCCUGGAUGGACUCUGGGCCAGGCCUUUGCCUGACUCCUGAUUCCCACGAGAGAUCAGAACUGUUGCAAAUCAGGACUUUUCUCACCUCUGUUCCCUGAGCCCCUGUGACCCCCAAACCCCCUAUCUUGGGUCCCUUAGUUUGGGGAGUGGGCACAGGACAUGGCUGCGACUUUGUCUUCUGGUUGGGCCCCGGCUAAAGGAACUGUGAAGGCGGCUGGCGGCUAGUGUACACUGAGUCCUUCUGCUGAUUCUGCCAGUUUAUCUCAAUCUCUGUGGGGAGUGCAUGAUCCCCUUGUUGCUACAUGGAACCUCUGCCCUGAGAUCUCCCUUCCCUCCCCUUCCAGUUUUCCUUCAUCCAUGAAAGAGCGUGUGUAAAUAUAUGAGUGUU